ACUCCACCACUUUCCUCCUAGACCUAGUCACCACCACCACCGUCCCUCAUGGCCUCAAACCUAAUAGCCUCCGCCACCGUCCUUUCCUUCCUCCUCCUCCUCAUGGGCGUCUCAGCCGCCACACCCACCGGAGCACCAACAUCCCACCACCACCACCACAACCGCCGCCACCGCAGCCCAUGCAAAACCCUAGCGUUCUACUUCCACGACAUUCUAUACAACGGGCACAACUCCAAGAACGCAACCGCCGCCAUCGUAGCGGCCCCCGCCUGGGCGGCCAACACCACCACUCUAUCCAACCGGGACCACUUCGGAAACGUGGUGGUCUUCGACGAUCCCAUAACCAUAGACAACAACCUCCGGUCGACUCCGGUGGGGCGGGCGCAAGGGUUCUACCUAUACGACCGGAAGGACGUGUUCACUGCAUGGCUAGGGUUUUCGUUCGUGUUCAACUCCACCGAGCACAAGGGCUCCAUAAACUUCGCCGGAGCCGAUCCGUUGAUGAACAAGACCAGGGACAUUUCGGUAAUCGGCGGCACCGGAGACUUCUUCAUGACGAGAGGCGUCGCCACUCUGACCACGGAUGCUUUGGAAGGAGAUGUUUACUUCCGGCUGCAUGCUGAUAUCAGACUGUAUGAGUGUUGGUAAAAAUAAAAUAAAAUAAAAUAAUGUUCAAGUAAAAUUAUAUAUUAAUGAUGACGUCAUAUUUGUUAUAUAAUUAAGGUAUUUUUUUUUACUUUCUUAUGUGUUUUUUUUUUUGUUGUUGUUUUGAUUUUGAUUAUAAGUAUUAAGUCAUGCAUUUGUAAAAGGGAUUCAGCAAGAACGUAACUCUGUGGCCAAUUCAGAUAUAUAUGUAUUCUACUAAUUAAAUUGGAAUUGGAAUCUUUAUGUAUUA